AUGUUCAACGAAGCAGAACAGCAUCAACAAUGUGAUUACAAAUUGAAUUUGAAAACCAAAUGCGAUUCAAUUUUACUCCAGAAAACUCUAAAUACCACUAAAAAUGAGAAUUCAAAUUUCAACAUACAACACACUGACUCUACUGCUCAUAACAACGAAGCAAGAGUGAAGUCUGUGCAAUCUGAUAACAACGAAGUAAUCAAAAUCAUUUCCUCUUUGGAUGGACUACAUCCGUGUAAUGUUGUACAGAGAAGUCAGAUUGAAACAUUUCUCGAUGAUAAUGAUUAUCGAAAUGAAGGUGUCAGUAUGUCAGCAAACCAUGGUGGUAUAAAACACAGCUUGGACGAUGAUCUAUCAAAUACCAACACCGUCGGUGAUCAAAGUCUUCUACAUUUAGCAGCUCAUAUGAAUGUAGGACACGAUAUCAUAAACAAAAUCUAUCAUAAUGAACAUGAUCAAGGACCUGUUGGUAUUUUCUAUGUUGAUUCAUCAGGUAGAACAGCUUUGACUAGAGCUGCUGCUGCUAAUUCUUUAGAGUCAAUCAAGUCGUUAUACCAACUUGAAAAAGAAGCUAUGGUGAAAACGAAACCAGUGAAACCUGUCAAGUCACAACACAUCACUAAACCGAAACCAACAUAUCGUUCAAGAAGACGUUAUCAAAUUUAUGAAUCUCGACAAUGUUCACCAAUCAUAGUUGCUAUCCAAGCAGGGAAUGAUGAAGUAGUGAAGUGUCUAUUGGACGAAGGUUGUCCUUAUAACACUGUUGAUCAAUACGGUCGUAAUGUUGUACAUUGGGCAGCAGUAACUAAUUCCGUUAAAAUAUUAUCUCGUUUAGCACAGUGUAAAGGAUUUGCUAGAUUAAUGAAUAUGAAAGAUGACUGGGAUAGAACACCGAUCAUGUUAGCUGUACGUGAAGGUUGUCAGGAAGCUGUGCAAUUCCUUCUGGAUAAACAAGCAAGAAUCGAAAUCACAGACUGUAUGGAAAAUGAUUGUGUAUCAUUAUGUAUAGAAAAAGGCUAUCAGAGAAUACAUGAAAUACUGAUAAAUUAUAACCGGUCAAGAAACUUCGACACAAAGACAAUAACACCUGAUAAGAAAGUGAAUAUUUUCAAUGAAAAUUCAGAUGUGAGUGAACAAGAACUAGGAUUGUCAUCAAUGGCAACGGUCACCACAGUGAUGACAACCACACCAGUACGCCAUUCAGCAGAGAACAUUUGUCGUAUGAAUGAAUUUGAAUGGGUGAGUUUAAGUGAUGAUUCAGUUUCGGAAGCGUUCAGCGAUUGUGAUCCGUUCACAGAAGACGUGAAUGCGCAUUGUAGUUGA